AUGCCGUCCACCAAAUGGAACCCGUUGGAGGAGCAGGAACUUCGUGAAGCAUACAAGUGGAUGAUACRUAUUCUAUCACGAGUCUCCCCAGGAGAGGCAGACUACGUAAUUUCACACGACUUGAUGCAGAAGCUUGAGGAACGACUCGCAACCGAUCAAAAGGAUGCACGCGAAGUAAACGGCGGCCAGUUCUACCAUCGUCGCGCCCAACACCUCUUCCGUUCCUUGGCAGAAGUUUCUUCCAAAACAGAGAGCAUCAAGCUAGGAACUGUCUUACUACGAUUCUUCAGCCGAAACGCAGAGUUAAUUGCAUCCACUGAAGAUGCUCCAGCUCUCGGGCAGUGGUGCUACGCUAUCCUCAGCGCCGUCUCUCGCGACAGUGAUCGUCUCGAAUGCCUCCAGAAGAUCCUUAGAAUCAGACCGGAUCUGGCUCAUAGUAUCCGGGGCAAAGGGCGCAAGGCACGGGAAGUUGCGGAUAUGUUGGAUUGGGUGGACUCUCACAUGAACUUGGGAGAUCGCGGACGUCGAGGAGGACAUGGUCAUUCAGCAGCUCUACGCUCACCUCAUCACGUUGCAGGCCUCGAGGACGAUCUUUUCAUCGAUGGUCUUGGAGAGGAACUCGCCAUGUUCAGCCAAAGAAGUGGAAGAGGGAGAUCCAGAGAUGGAUUAUUGAUGCCGCAUCACCAGGGGAGACUUGACCGCGGUCCGAUCGAAGAGCGAGUUUACGCAGGGCCGCGUAUGAUGAGUCUGCCUGAUUUUCGCCCUGAGAGAGGAGCUUUUGAAAGGUCGCUUUGGCUUCAUGAGGAUCAGGAUAGGAGGAUGCUGCAGUUUACCAUGGGACAGAGCUACGGUGAUUCCCCUGGUGCAUAUGGGACGGGAAUGGGGGAAACCAUGGUGCCGCGAGUGCCACGACUCUCUACGAACUCGGAGGUUGAGUAUGACAUCUGA